CCGCGGUGAGCUCACAGAGCCGGGGCCUCCGGGGCCGGGUCGGGGAGGUAGGCGCGCCCGCGGGACCCGGAGGCCUGAGCGCGCCUCCCCGCGCGUCCGGUCCCAGCACGUGCUCCUUCAUUGACGAGCGCGCCGGAGAUGCUGGCCGAGCCGUCUGCUGCGGGGGGGGCGGGCGUGGCGGCGCUGCUGGGAUUCUGGGGCCCUGCGGCGUGUGCGCGAGUGGAUGGGCCUCGGGGCAAAGUCUCGUCCCGGGAGCCCUCAGCACUGCCGCAGCCCGAGAGCCAGGCGGCGCCCUCCCCCACUUUACUGACAAGGAAACAGGCGGGACAGCAAGUGAUAGAAGGAGUUUCGACUGGGUUUAAACACUCAGGAACACAUAGCAGCGCGCUUGCUUUCUUUUUAGCUUGUAGAGCAAUGGGUAUUGGGAGUCAAAUAGAGUCGCCAGAGCUAGCAGUGUCCUGCCGCUGGAGGAGCCAGCUUGCGUUGUCCAGCUGGUUCUUAAGCUGCCUAAGAGUUUUCUUUAUUGUGAGCCUUUUCUGUGACCCAGCCCCACAAUAAAAGCAGAAGAGUGUGACGUCUGUUGAGGUAAACAGUAUAUAAAAUUAAAGAAUUGUUUCGAGUGAUAAAAUCCCUGUAAAUUUGAGGGAGUUAGGUCAGUAUUCAGUAAUACUCCUACCCAAAUAAUGAGUCCUUAUCCCACGUAACAGUGACUAUUAAUCACUCUCGUCUAGAUCUGUGCUGAUAUGGGGCCAGAAGUAUAUCCUGGAGUGCUCAGAAUGAGUCAGGUUUCUGGUGCCUGAAAGCUGCUGUUCUGCACCACCCACACCAGCUGGGCAAGGGCUGCUUCCCAGCACUUUCUCCGUUGUGUCCACUAAGUACACUCUUUGUUUACACAGCCUGGCACUGGAUGCCUAGCAAACAUUGGUCCAGUUAGCGAAUAAGCACUGUGAGGAACGCUGAUGUGAGGCUGACUUCCAAGCUGUAGGCGACAGUGCAGAGCUGGUGUUCUAAACUGAUACCCACAUUUCUUUGGGGCAUUAGUUUUUGGAGAGGAUAAGGAGAAAAUUCUUCCUUUUAGGAUGUUGGAGAAGGAAAACCCAUCUUAAUUGGAUGAUCGAUUGGAAGCUCCUGCUUGGGAUCAGUUAGCAGCUUUGUCUUAGAGGAAUUGACUAGCUCGACAGGCCUUUUUACUUAGCUGUGAAGGGAAUCAAGUGGUGGCUGUAAGAUUACUGGGCCAGGUUUUCCUCUCUUAAAACCCUACUUUUGUUUUCUUGCUGAAGGAUUAUCUGGUGUUAAAGGGAUUUUGAACUAUAAAAGCAUUAUGCUUUAGCCAUCAUUAAUCUGAGGUCUUUUAAGCUGCAGGAUGUAUAUUUGUAAAGAAUUUAAUCUAGGUCUAUUUUGCAGCUUCACUCCAAACCUGGCAGGUCCCCCAUAGCUUUUCUGGGAUACAGGAAUAAGCUGUUGGAAGGGGGGUCACACGCAUGGAUCCCUCCAGGGCCAUGAAGCCCCCGGGAGGAGAGCCGAGUGAUCGUCCAGAAGAAGCCGCAUCUCCACGCAGGCCCGACAGGAUGGCAUCUAAUAUUUUUGGAUCAACUGAAGAACCUCAGAACAUACCCAAAAGGACCAAUCCCCCUGGGGGGAAAGGAAGUGGUAUAUUUGACGAAUCCAUGCCUGUGCAGACUCGACAGCGUCUGAACCCCCCUGGUGGGAAGACCAGUGACAUUUUUGGCUCCCCGGUCGCUGCUACUUCACCCAUGGCACACCCAAACAAACCCAAGGACCACGUGUUCCUGUGUGAGGGAGAGGACACACUGGACCUUAGAGCCACAGCCAGCGCCUCCCCCAGACAAGAGCCGGGUGAGCCAGGUGGCCCGAGAGAAGCAGCCCGCGCCCAGGAGCCUGCGCCCACCGUUGACAGCCAUGAGCCCAGGCUGGGCCCGAGGCCUCGCUCCCACAACAAAGUCCUGAACCCGCCUGGAGGCAAGUCCAGCAUCUCCUUCUACUAAGAUGCUGCUGCGUCCCCCAUAGCCAGACAAGAAACUCGAGAGAUAGGAUUUCAAAAUUAUAGUUUCUUUAGCCUGAAGGAGCGGGGUGGGGAGAGGGUCUGUUGGGUGGACACCUGAAGCUGCUGCUCCGGCUCCACUGCCAUCACGAGAAGCCGGAGACCUCGCCUCCCAGAAACCAAGGGAGGAAACGUGAUCCCUGGUGUGAGAGGAGCUCUCGGGUGGGUGGGCAGGGAGGUGGUGCCAGGCAGGUGCGCCUGAGGUGUGGGGUCUUCACGUCCUUGGUGUGUUGGCUAAUUGGGUAUCUAGGAGUCACUAACACAGUAGCAGAGUUUAAAGCCUUUGAGAGAAAUCCAGAAACCACGUGUCCGUUACUGUGGGAUAGAAGAGCAAGACACGCUGAAACCCUAGUGGGGUGGGGAGGGUGGGUAUCUGGAUAGACCCCUCAGAUCCUCAUGCUGUUUACCCUUCAUGGACACGGUCUCUGUUUCUGGGACUUCGGCCCCAGUGUUUUUCACUUCAAUUCCACAGAUUUUCUUGAAACAUCUUCAUUGCUUUUCCUCAGCAGCUGUCAACAAAAAACCAAAAUGUUGUUCUCAGUCUGAUGCUUUAUGGAAAGAUUUUGUACCCUGAUCUCCCAAGGUGCCCCGCUUCUGCCCUCUCAAUCCUUGGCCAGAUCUUAUGUAGAAAUCUCUCCCUUUCAUCCACGAGAGACUGGUUUUGGGCUCUUUACAGGCAGUUUUGCUUGUGAAUUGUUCCUUUUUUCCUCAUCAGCCUUAAGUCUAGGCCUUUGCACCUCACCAAUGAUGUGGACAGUUCCCUUCACCAGCAACACUUCCUAUCUACAAGGCCACUAACUUCUAUAGGACUUUGAAACUACCCAGAUAUAUCCAGGUAAUGGGAUUAUUUAACUCCUUCAUGUGUCUUCAUUUAUAUUCCUGCUGACAGUGGGAAGAAGAGAUGCUUGAGAACCGUGGGUUCUUAGGUUUGGGUUCUGUCAUAAUAGCUCAAGACCUGUUCUCAAGUACCAGCUUUACAUCAGUAACUGUUGACUCUGGUCUGUUUCUGACACCUUUCUAGAAAAAGUCUGUUGCUCAGGUACACCAAAGAGGAAGGAAAGUGUUCUUAGGCCACCCUUUAUAAAGCUUUGCAGAACCUCUGGAUCAUAUUCACAGUUUCCAGACGAGUCUUAGAGACCUUAGGCCAAGAGAUUAAAUAGUUUGGCAGUAAAGUCUCAACUGGCCCAUUCCAUGGUAUUUGCCAGCAAAGAUAAUGGGCUGGCAAGAAUCGUGGUGCUGUAAUCUGUCAGGUGGAAGUUUCUCCCAUUGAGCCUCUAAAGGGCUACGGUGUCGGUUCCUGUACUGCAGUCACAUGGGACCAACAGUCUGGGUUGGAGCUACUGGUACGAGUGCCUACAAAGCUAAUGCAGGUGCUAAAAAUGUCUUCAUCGUUAAAAUGUAGUCACACUUCUAGUGGCCUGGACGCUCAAGUGCCUGCAGGAGCUCCCUGCCAAGCUCCACAUCCUCCACGGGCGCUGGGGGGGUUCACACAGUGCUUUGCCAAGCAAAGACACUUUGCUUUUCUGUCCCCCUGCUGACUUUGGAGCCAAGAAACACUGAUUCUAUGUGACUCUCAAGUCUUCCUAUCUCCUCCAUCCUUCAGAUGGUCAUUUAUAGGAAAGUUGUCUGGAAUUCAUUUUUUUCCACAUUAAAAAAUGUCAUAAAUGGUGGUUAGCUUUUAAGCUCAAACACACUAACUUAUUUAACUUACAAUAAGAUGUUCCAAAGGUAGAAAUGAACUGCUAUUUAUAACUUUUUUUUUAAUAUACAAGAAAAUGAUUUAUGAAUUCCAAAUUGGAUUGCCAAGAAGACCCUGACAUGCUGCUGGCCCUCGGGGCUUCAGUCUCACCGUCAGUUAUAUGAGGGGAAGAGCUUUCUAGAUCUGUCCCCUGGCAGGGACUUCCGGAGCAGAGCUGGGGUUAGAGGCCUGGGGGAAGGAGGAAAACAACUAGAGCAGAGCCUCUGGGCAGCAGUGACCACAUCACCUUAUUUUUGUUCCCAUCUUCCCUCUUCCUUUCCCUCCUUGGGGCCGUGGGCAUGGAUUUAGAGAGCCCCGAGCAGUCUGGUCACUGGGAGGAGCAGCAGAAAAGUUUUUGCUCGUUUGAACCUGAUGGGGGAGGCCACUUGGAAAAUGCUCUGUACAUUGGGGACUGCCUGUAUUUGGAAGCUUCAUUAACUCUUAGAAUCCUUUUCUCAACCUCCAAGCUGCAUUGAGAAAUUACUCAUCUGUAUUUUUAUUAAGCCUUAAAACUUUAUGUGCAUUUGGUGCCAACUUUUUGUAAAGCUGUAUCAAAAACAACAAACCUGUGCUCACAUCUCGAUGUAACUUUGAGAGGAGCAUUCUGUUAUUUUUACAAGGGAGGAGUGGGUGUAGCCGUUGAAUUAAACUUAGCAGUCACGUACUCAGUCUUUGCCUAUUGGUUGUGUGCACAGUGUGUGUGCAUGCGGGUGGGUGGGUGGACAUGUUCACGUGUUUCCUCCACGUCCAUUCUCCAGAGUGCCUGAACUCUGCUCCUUCCCUUACAGCUUUUCAUUGGUUGAUGGGGUUUGCCUUUUUUUUUUUAAAACUAGAAGAUGCCAAAAUUAAUCUUCUCAAAGUUUAUGGAUUUAAGGUUUUUUCAUUUGAAAACCAAAGACUUGGCUUUGAAUAGAAUGGACAGGAAUGUGGCAGUGUUCUUUUAGUUUACGUAAAUUGAAGGUAAUAAUUCUUUUUUCACUUAACACCACUUGUUUUCCUGAAGAAUUUGCCUCUGAGUUGACUUUGAAACUUCCACGAAAGCCUGACAGUGAGUAGAUGAAAUGCUGAGCUAUUAGAAUCUGCCUAUAGAUUCAGGUCCUGUAGAGAAAGCAUAGAUUUUUCUUCUUUCUUAUAUAUUAGCUAUUUUCAUAUGUCCUACAAGCAAACUUAAUAUCUUUAUGUGUGUUAAGUGGACUCAGGGUGAUGGAGCUUCUCAGACUGCCUGCCUGGAGAGCUCCACUAGAGGAGGCUUCCUUCUAGAAGACUGCUGCAUCAGGGCCAACUAACUGGACAGCACUUCAGAAGGAAACCCAGCAUGGGUGACCUGACACUGUCUUCACUUGUUCAUCUGAGAGCAUGUUCCCAGAACUGGGCUAGGCACUGGCACCAGUACAUCACCUAUUUGUAGCAGCUGCUCCAGCUGCAGGCAAGCACUGAGGUUUUGGAGUGUCACAGCCUGUUUGUCUCCAGAGGUCAGGCAGUGGCUGAGUCAGAGGAGCAAGGUGGGCUCCCCUGCAUUAUGGUGAAGAAGUGGAAGACAUCUAAGGGUUCCCUCUUCAGGGCCUGUGCCUUGUCCAGAAAUACACGGCUCUUUGGACAGAGCAUAACUUGUUCUAACAUCUUUGUGAGUUGAACCCUGCAAGGAUGUCUACACCUCCUCCUAUAUUAUCCCGUUUGUUUCUUCUGAACUCGUUAUAUUCUUAAUCCUUAGCGUUCUUGGAGCUCAUGAAUGAAAUCUUCCUGUUGUGUGUGUGACUACAAAGUGCUAUCUAAACUUGAACUUAGGAAGAAAUGAGGGGGACAUUACAGGGACCUAGGUGAGUUUUUAGCAGGCAUUAGGGGAGGAUACUUCGAAGUUAAAGUAUUGAUAGAACUUUUGAAACCUGUGUGCCCAAAUUACAUUUUAGGGUCUUGUAAUGAGAAAGAGAAAAAGUUGAAUAGCGAAUUAUCUUUACAAAUUGUAAAGGAAGCAAGUUCUAAUUCAGUUAGCUUGAGCUCUCAAGAGUGUACUAGUGUUCUUCAGUAAGCAUCAAGAAUUAUCCAGCAUAUCAUUUUGUUAAAACUCCUUUUUCUUUAACCAGUUCCAAGUAACAAAUCUGCCCAUACAUGUUAGUGGUAAAAACUAAUAAAGUUGAUGACAAGUCA